CCUUCGCACUCCUUUCCAAAACCCAAACAAAUCCUAUAUAUAACCACAAUAAGCACUUCUCUUCUACUUCACAAAAACCCAACAACCAAAACAAACCAAACAAUUCCCCACAAGGAACAUACAUUACUUUGUUCUUUUUCUUUUUCUCAAAUCUUCUUUUAAAGACAAUCUUAUUUGUUUAUUUCUGCACGAGAAUUCGAACCUUGAACAACAUAAACAUGGGAAUAAACACACGUACACUAGAAAUCACCGUUAUCUCCGGCGAAAACCUCCGCGUAACGGAGGACGCGUACGUCGUCGUUCGGGCGGAGUCCUUAAACUGCUGCACCACGAGAACCGCCAAGGACGACGGCACCAAACUCCUCUCGUGGAACGAGAAGUUCCUCUUGGACAUGCCCAUGCAUGCAAGGUCCAUAACCUUCGAAGUGCAAUGUAACAGGUUCAAGGGCUUUCGGCCGCUCGGGGUGGCCCGAAUCGCCGCCUCCGAUUUCCUCGGCGGCGCCGUGCCGGAAAAUGGCUUGCAGGUGCUGAGUUACGGGCUGAGGGACUGGGAAGGGAGGCGGAACGGGGUCAUUCAUUUUGCCGUGAGGGUGGCGGCGACGUCGUCGUCGACGGAGGAGUGUUUGAAUUCGAAGCCCGCCGUGGAACCGGUGGUGCCGAGAAAGGGUUGCGGUGAUCGAAUCAAUGUCGGUGGCAAUAAGUCCAAUGAAGUUGCUGUUGGUGUUCCGAUAUGGUGGAACUACCCCAACAUUAUUUAGAGAUUAAUUUUUUAAAUUUACAUUAUUUAUUUUUUAUAACGGUCAAGCAUCAUAGAAGAAGUUCAGUUUUAAUUCAAUUAUAGAUUAUAGAUAUUGUGAGAAAGUUGACACACUUUGCUAAAAAGCUUGAAUGUCAUCCUUGUCUUUUUUUAAUUUGUUUUUUUUAUUCAUGGUAUUUAUGUAAAAUAUUUAUUUGUUUUA